GGAGCCUGGCCGCAGCCCGAAGCAUCGCGGGCUCCCGCGGCGCUCCGCAUCCCGACCUCCUCGCUCCGGCAGCGGGGCUUUGCCUUCGCUCGGCGCUCGCCGUGCCCGGGGGAGCGUUUGCCUUGCGGGGCCGCCUGCUAUUGUGCUGAAGGCGAGGGUGUGCGUGGGUGUGUGGGCGUGGGUGUGUGCCCGUGUCCGUGCCGCUUUGUGCUGCCCCUCCGAGCCGGUUUUUGCUACAUGUGGCGUUUCGCUUGUUAACGCCGACGAGGAGCGAUCGCGGCGGUGUAUAACGCGAGUGGCGGGAGGAUGCACGGGGAGGACAGCCAAAAAAAUACCCCAUCGUCUUCCCAGAGAGUCCUGUGUUCUUUCAGCUUUGCUGAAAAGCAGGAGCUGUCAGAAAGAUGACUUUGUUUCACAUGAUGCUUCUCCAGAGCAGCAUUGCUUUGUUCAAGCUCCAGUAAGCCAUUUAUCAUCUAACUGCCAUCUCGUUUUAAUGAGCUAUGAAAUCUGCUGCUUUUCACGGUUGAAAGGCAGUGGUACAUCGCAUCUGUUUCUUACCCUUUCCUUAAGAUCUGGAGCAGAAACUGACAACGUCAAAAAGGCAGUCUGAGAGAAUGCUAACCACUGGUCCCUAGCAGUGUAUCCUGAUUUCUGAUCCCUUGUAUUAAAGAAAAUCCCCGUUUCAGAGAGGGCAAGACUGUGAAAGUAGAGAAUACCACACCCCAUCUUUAAAAAAGAGAAGAUCAAGUCUGGAGUUUCUCUGACUUCGUCUGAAAUUGUAGGCAUGAUCAAUUUGUUUAAGAAACCUUACAAGAAAAAAGCAGGCAAAUUCCAGCCUUUCAAGAAGCUCUUCGGUAAGAGGAAGAAAAGAGAGCCCACCUCAGACUGCGAGGAAGGCAAGCUGAAGCCCAGCCACUCCUUCGGCAACGUCUGCAACGGCACUUUCUCCUCCGAUGAAGAGCCAAACGGUGGUCUGAGGUCCUCCCAUUAUUCUAUGGGCAGUCGAGCUUUUUCCCAUGACAGUAUUUUUAUACCUGAUGGGAGAACAGAGAGUGAACAGGCCAUCCAAGCAAUGUCACAGGAGAACGUUUUAGGAAAAGUCAAAACUCUUCAGCAACAGUUGGCCAAGAACAUAAAAUUUGGGCAGCCUCCACAAAUGACAGUUUCUGUGAGGACAAUGGGGGAGGCAAAUGCUAGUAUGGAAGAGGAUGUGCUGCUCAGUAGCCCCAUGGAGAUUGAGACUCAGCAGGACACAGUGAUCUCAGACAGUGGUAAUAAAUCCACUGACACUGGAGAUUUCUUGAGAGCAAUGAAUUUGCCUGUAACAGGACAUGAAGUGGAAGAAAAGGUCACUCCAGUCAAAUCAUCUCGGCCGAAAAGACAAUUUUCCUGUUCUGGCACAAUUGAAACAAUCAAUUUGGAUGCAGUUCCCCAGGCUGUUGCUCGUCUAGACAACAGUGCAGCUAAACACAAGCUGUCAGUGAAGCCAAAAAAGCAGAGGAUGUCAAGAAAGCACAAGAGAUUAACAAAGGGAUCACAAAGUUUAACAAUAACAGAAUUUGAGCCAGAGGACCUAGAAACUGAGGUGUAUGGAGACACAUACCCAGGGUAUAAUGGACACAUCAUAGCAGACAAGCUAAUCCAGAACAGAGAUGAGCAGAAGCACCUUCAGCUGGCAGAGGAGAAAAGAAUUGAAGAUCACUGGGGGAUCUUUGAGGCUGAAAGGAUAAGGCAGAUUGUAGAAAUGGAAGAACAAAGAGAAAUGGAAGAACAAAGGUGCCAAGAACUUGAGCAGAUUCAGAAAGAGCAGGAGAGAAGGCAUUGUGAAGAAGAGAGGAGGCAGUAUCUCCUUGAAGGAGAGACAUCUGUGGAAAUAGAAGAGCAAACAUGCCCUAAAGAGGAGAGAGGACUGCUGGAGGCUGAAAAGAGGCAAGAGCUGGAGGAGCAGAAGCAGCAGAAACUGGAGAAGCAGAGGCAGAAGGAGUUGGAGGAGCAGCAGGGACAAGAGCUGGUGGAGCAGAAGUGCCAGGAACAAGAGGAGAAGCAGAGACAAGAGCUGGAGGAGCAGAAACUCCAGGAACGGGAGCAGCAGAGGCAGAAGGAGUUAGAGGAGCAACAGAGACGAGAGCUGGAGGAGCAGAGGCACCAGGAACAGGAGGAGCAACAGAGACAAGAGCUGGAGGAGCAGAAACUCCAGGAACAGGAGGAGCAACAGAGACAAGAACUGGAGGAGCAGAAAUGCCAGGAACGGGAGGAACAACAGAGACAAGAACUGGAGGAGCAGAAGCGCCAGGAAUGGGAGGAGCAACAGAGACGAGAGCUGGAGGAGCAGAAGUGCCGGGAACAGGAAGAGCAGAGACGUAAGGAGUUGGAGGAACAGAAGCAUCAGGAAUGGGAAGAGCAGAGGUGCAAGGAGCUGGAGGACCAGAAGAGGCUAGAGCUGGAAGAAUUAAGGCAACACAAGAUUGAAAAACAGUGUCAAGAGGAAGAAGAAAGAAAUUGGCUGGAGGAACAAAAAGAACUCAAGGAAGAAAAUAAGGAAUUAAAACAGAGACGAGAGCUAGAAGAGAAAGAGCUUCAAGAAGCUGAAAUAAAACCUAAGCAGGAGAAAGAAGCUGAGAGCCUCAAACAACAAAAGAAACAGGAGGAACAAAGGCAUUUGAAGGAGAAAGGAGAAAAGACAGAGAAGGAACAACCCCAGCAAGUAAUGGAUAAGAAAAAGAAACGGGAAGAGCAGAGAAAACACAAGCUCACAAAACAAAUGCACAUGGAAAGUGCAGAAGGUCUGCAACAAGAUGAACUGAAGCAGCAAAAGGAACAAAAUGAACAAGAGUGGAACAAGCUGGAAGAGCAGAAGGUAGACACAGAAGGACAAAAUCUUCAGCAAAAACAACAAGAAAAAUCCUUGGAACAGCAACAGGACAAGGAUCAGUUGUGUUCUGGAGGGACUGACAGGCAUCCAGUAGAGGAGAAGCUCCAAGAAGGAUCAAGAUCGCAAAAACUCAAACAGUCAGAAGAAGGGAAUAAAACAGCAGAAGAAGUCCUAGCCCAGAAACUGAAGAGAGAAGUUGAGGCUCAGGAGCAAAAGCGAAUAGGCGAAGAACUUAGGUGGCAAGAGGUAGAUGAAAGACAGACUGCAUCUAGACCCUUCACAUUUCAAGUGUCUUCUGGAGAUAAACAGAUCAUAUUUCAGAAAGUAAACCUGAGUCCAGUCAUGCCCGUCAAAGGAGCAGGACACUCUUCCCCAUCUGUCAAAGACUACAGGAUGCACACUUCCAGCAAGGGCUCUCAUACGCUCCCGUCUUCUGUGUGUGUACCCCAUACAGCUAUUUUGGUUACUGGAGCACAGCUGUGUGGCACAGCAGUUAACUUGAACCAGAUAAAGGACACGGCUUGUAAAUCGUUACUUGGGUUAACGGAAGAGAGAAAAAAUGUGGAUAUUCCUUCACCAGAGAAAGCCCAGAAAAAAACCCAGGAUCCCAAACCCAGCAGCAGUAAAAUGAAAUAUGCACAAGAGACAUUGAACAACCAGGCUGUACUAGCUGAGUGGGCUUCCAUCCGCUCCAGGAUCCUAAAGAAUGCGGAAAACAGCAAAUACAAUGAGAGAGACCGGGUGAGUGUCUGCAGACACAGUGAUGACUGGACACCCCGAGGACGGGGUGUUCCCCAUGGCAACUUGAGGAAAACCCUCUCUGCAAAUGCAAAGUUCUCGAUAACGCCAGCAUGGCAGAAAUUUUCAGAAGCUUCAAAACCCAGUUCAGAUGCUGAGAACCUAAGUGCGGCAAAAGGCAAUGAAACAGUGGCUGUGGGAAGAAUCACUGGCUCAUCCAGUGAUUCAAAGGAGGAUGCGGCUUCCACUUUUAAGGAUCACUUAGCUGAAAAGGCUAAGGCGAAAAUGGAAACCCAUCGUGAAAUGACAGACAACACAGAAGGCUGUAAAUUUGCAAAAGAUCUUCCAUCUUUCCUUGUUCCAAGCUUUCCUCAUUCUCCGAGUAAAGAAUUACCCCAGGCAGGACUUCCCGGUGCUCUGGAAAAUGAGCAGAGUAACAGCACAAAAAAAGCAGACAAACCAGCACCAAAUGGAGAAGAAAAUGUUUCUCCUUUUGGGAUAAAGUUACGAAGGACAAACUACUCUUUACGUUUUCAUUAUGAUCAACAGGCAGAGCAAAGGAAAAAGAAAAGAUACAGUGCAGGAGAUAGUUUUGAUGGUGUGCCUGACCCACUAGUUACAACAGAAGGUGAGAAAGAAUCCUCUGUUUUUGCUCCACAAGAGACUACAUCCCCUGGCAUGGGGAGAGCGAACAUCACUGGCUUUUUAAAAGAUUCAAAAGACACUUCAGUUACUGUAGCGGAGAUUUCACAACCAGUGGGCACACCAGCGGUCCUACCAGCCACCGGCCAGAGUGCUUUACCCCCUCCUCAUGAGAAACCAGCAGGCAAGUCACUGGUCCCACAGAAACCUGCUUUAGCUCCAAAGCCCACCAGCCAGACACCGCCAUCGUCUCCUCUCUCUAAAAUGAACAGGUCAAACCUAGCUGAUGCAGUAGGACAAAGGUUGGUUAAAGCUGAAUCGGACGGUGGUUGGAGAAAAGAAGACAGAACAAAUGCAGUGCACCCCACACCAUCCAAUGAGUACAGAAAUGAAGAGGAAGAAAUCAGAGAAAAGAAGUCAUUUUUCCCAUCAAUAAGUAUUCCAUGGAGAGAAAAAAAUGACAAAAAGCCUGAGCCGCUGAAGAAAGAAAAACCAGUCCUCCAGAGCAGGCACUCUUUAGAUGGGUCUAAAGUGAUGGAAAAAGUUGAAACAUCACAACCACUUUGGAUUACAUUAGCGCUGCAAAAGCAAAAGGGAUUUCGUGAGCAGCAAGCUACGAGGGAAGAGAGGAGACAAGCCAGAGAGGCGAAGCAAGCAGAGAAGUUGGCUAAAGAGAAUGCUGCUGUAAGUAAUCAGUCAGAUAAUAAAAGCAGCAGCAGCAGCAAAACAAGCACACUGCAGAAAUCUUCAACUCAAGAAGGGGAGAAGAAGAUUGAGACUGCUGUGUCAAGACUAGAAAGAAGGGAACAGCUAAAAAAGUCGAACACUCUUCCAACUUCUGUGACAGUGGAAAUUUCAGAUUCUGUUCCGUCAACCCCGCUGGCAAAGGAGGUGGCCAAGAGAUUCUCUACUCCUGAUGCUAACCCUGUGUCAACAGAACCAGCCUGGCUUGCAUUAGCCAAGAGGAAAGCAAAAGCCUGGAGUGACUGUCCACAGAUCAUAAAGUAAACUGUAACAUUACAUCUCUAUUGCUAUUAAUUGCUUUCUUUUUAUUUAUUCAGCUUUUUACACAUGAUAAAAUUGAAAAUGCAUGUAUUGAAGGACUGAAAACUGAACUGAUUACCAUUUUGCUGUAGCUCACUGUAAAGGCUACUCAAGUCAUAUAUUUCAUUGCUUUGACAAAUAGCUAAAUGAGGUGACGGCAAAAAUUUCAGAGCCAGACUCACUCAAAAAUUUAAGAAUGCUCAGAUACUGGAUGUAAAUUUUAGCAAGUAUCGUAACAAGAACUUCAGUUCAGAAGCUCCUUAAAUUCCGUGGGUAUCCAGUUCCGGAAUUUUAGAUCUCUACACUUAAGUGGAGAUCUCAUAAAUUUUUUUCAACACUCCCUAGUUGAAAAUUAAGGCAAGAUGCAUGUUCCCUUCUCUUAUGCCUAUCUUUUUUUUAAGUGUUAAACUGUAUGAACUGUCAGUUCUACCUGCUAUUUGAAAGCUUCUUCCUCAAUGAAGAACUUGGGGAGAUACCAUUCCACCUGCAAAUGGUAAGUAGAAAAAUGCUACCAUCCAAAUGCUGAGGUAAUUUCUUUCAUCAUAGGAUUAAUACACUAUGUCUCUAGUCCCUCACUCCUAGGAAGAAAGCAAUUCAUCCUACUUAACAAACACCACCCCCAAACCACUAUUCAAACAAAAAUCAGAGGUUUUAGAAAGAAGCCAGGGAGUCAGUGUUUCUUCUAGUCAUUUAAGUGCAUCACUGUUUGUGCUUGGCCAUACUAAGAUGUGUGGAGACAGUGAUUGCAGAUUACAACUUUAAAUCAAUUGACUGGAACUAAAACAAGUAAAACUAUUCCUGCGCUCAUGUAGCUGUAGAAUUUGUCUCAGUAAGUUCCCACAGGAGUAAGACUUGCAAAACUGAAGUUAACUGAGAACUGAAAGCUAAGUCAGUGAGAGUCUCAGGAGUUUUAACUCUGCAUUCUUCCUGAUUUUACUCCACAUGCAACUUCAGGUAGUUCAGACAACUUCCUGUACUUUGACCAAUACAGCCAGAACACUUCAGAAAGAAGUUUACUUACCCCAUCUCAGGUAUUUGCUGUGGUAAUUGAACACUUUAUUACUUCUUGUAACUAAAAUAGAAAUGUUCACCCCCUCCCACUUACAAAAAAGGAUAAAGUCCUUGUAAUAAAACCUUUACUAUCCUCAACAUCCCACAGAAAUAACUAGGUCUACAUUUUUUAAAAGUCACCCUAGUAUAUAAAUCUGUAACACACCUGAGUUUUACAAGGAAGCCUUUAACAAAUUUGAACAUCUCCUUAUAACCAUAAGGCUCAAAGGAGCCUUUAAGAUCGUAUCAUCAUAAAGUGAGACAUUUUCACAAGAAGAAAUUGCAUCAUUAUAGAAUGAUACCGCAUAUGUUUUGUGGAAGUAUUUUAGCCAAACUGCUGUAUGCAGCAUGAGGAGUGGCACUUUAAAUUAUGCAGAAAACAGAAUGAAACCUGCCCUAUCCUCCCGUUCCAGGAAUCAAAAAGGGGUUGUCGGCAAAAGUCAUUAUUGAAUACGCUAUCUCCCACCAAACAGAAAACAACAGUUCAGUAUCAUGGUUAUAACAGCACAAACACAAUGGACGUGUUAGAUUGAGUAGAUGUGCAGCAGCAAGAUAGGGCUUCUUGGGUCUCUUAAGCCAUCAGUUUUGCUCAGUUUCAUAUUUAAAACCUGAAUCUCUAAAGUAACUUUUUACCUUUAAUAUAUGUAUUUAAAAUGUUUUAUACAAAGAUGGGGCAAUGCUGCUCUCAAAAGCUUGGGUGGGGGGGAGGGGGGGAAGCCUUCAAAGUCAAACCUCUCCAAGCUUAUCUGAAGAAAGAACUGGGCCCAUAACUAUUUUUGCUCUGCACCAUGAAUUAGUGCAUCUUACGUUAAAUUUACACUUUUUCUGUGUUUAUAAGCCUGUGGUAUGUAUUUGUAAUUACAAGAACUACACUGCCUGAAAUCCAUCUUUAUGAUUAUGUCUUGGGAGAAGGAGCCAGGCAGAAAUAUAGAGAAGGUGGAGUAAAUCAGGAUUAAAGAAUUAAAGAUACUGGUAUUCUGAAAAGCAUAGCAAAAUUAGGUGCUAUUGUGCAUGACAUAAGGAUGCAAUUUUCCAAUACAAUACAUUAUAGCACAUAGAUUAGAGCUUUCAUUAAGGAUGGUCUUAAUCUAAAGCUUCAAAGCAGAGGUUUUUUUCAACCAUAAAGGUAUCUAGUGUAAUCAUGGAAACUGUAUUAUGUACAGUACUUGAUGGAAACAUUUCUAAAGUGUACACGUUCAACAGUGACAUUUCAUGUUAAAUUAACAAAAAUUUGCACUAAAUACCAAUGAAGUGAAGUGUUACUUUGCUUUAGCUUUGUUGCAACCAUUUCUGAUAAAUUGUUGGAAAUCUGUAAAAAUAAAACCAAAACAUUACUACCAAGUUUAAAACAGCAAAAAUGUUUUAAGAACCAAACAAACCACUAUGUAGUAUAUUGUCUCAAUUUUUUGUAACUUAUACACACAAAAUACCAUUUCUUCUGACAAGGUUAUAUAUAUGAUUAACCUCUAUGUUCAUAUAGUAAUGUAUAAAAACUAUAAGAUGUAUAAUUGUGGGGUAUUUGUUGUGUACUUUUUUAAUUUUUCAAAUGUUUUAAAGUGCAAUUGUUUAUUAUACUAAUGUCAUUUUAAUUCUUAUUAAACUAUAACCCAGUCAAAAUUAUCUAAUCAAUGAUGUAUGUAUUCUGUGUCUCCUUUUGCUAAUAGUGUAGGUCACGUUUGCUUUAUAAAUAGAACUUUUUACAGUGCUACAACUGUCCUGUCUAUGCAUUUCUGCUAACAAUACAAUGGAGGAACCAGACGUGAUGAAGCAACAUAGCAAGUGCAACUUCUACUUUACUUUUUAAUUGAAGAUGUUAGAAUUCAAAGUCUCAGCAAACAGAGUGAGAUAAU